CGAGGGAAGAGCGGCCGCUGGGAACUUCGCGGCGGAGACAAUGGAAGCGCCGGAGGGAGGCGAGCGGAGCCCUGGGAACAGCCGCGCCGAGUCCGCAGCUCAUUUCUGGACUUUGGAGUACCUGGUGGCCCUUGUAGAUGCUGAGAUCCAGGACUUGCCACGCUAACCAGGACCGGAGGCAGCAUCUGGCCCAGCGGCUGAGGUCUUCAGCGGCCCGGCUAUGCACAGCUCUUGGUGGGCCUGAGUGGGCGAGCAAGAGACGGUCCUUCAGUGCCCUUUGGGUCGGUGCGCCUCUUUUCUUCUAGGUUGUGCCCAGCCAGCCGAUCAAAAUAGAGUCCUUCAAGGUGAAAGUUGACUUUCUGAAGGUGCCCCUCGGCCUAAAGAAGCCGACUCUGAAGGAGGCCGCGGCUGCCUUGGUGGCUGUCCCAGGGCCCGCCAGAUCCAAGUCCAUCAACGUGGAUCGCUACAAGGGUCGGCGUUCGGACAACAUGGACAACGAAUCGCAAUAUUCAGGGUACUCCUAUAAAUCGGGGCACUCGCGCAGCUCCCGGAAGCCCAGAGACCGCCGAGAGCGGCAUCGCUCCAAGAGUCGAGAUGGGAGCCGGGGAGACAAGUCGGUCACCAUCCAGGCUCCCGGAGAGCCCCUGCUGGACAACGAGUCGACCCGAGGGGACGAAAGGGACGACAACUGGGGCGAGACGACCACAGUGGUGACCGGCACAUCGGAGCACAGCAUUUCCCACGAUGACAUCACGCGCAUCACCAAGGACAUGGAGGACAGCGCCCACCUGGACUGCUCCCGCCACCUGGGGGUCUCGCUGGCGGGGGCCCUGGCCCUGCUCUCCUUCCUGACCCCCAUCGCCUUCAUGCUGCUGCCCCAGCUGCUGUGGGGGGAGCAGCUGAGCCCCUGCGGGACCCCCUGCGAGGGCCUCUUCAUCUCAGUGGCCUUCAAGCUGCUGAUCCUCCUGCUGGGCAGCUGGGCCCUCUUCUUCCGCCGCCCCAAGGCCUUCCUGCCCCGCAUCUUCGUCUUCCGGGCCCUCCUGAUGGUGCUGGUCUUCCUCCUGGUGGCCUCCUACUGGCUCUUCUACGGCGUCCGCAUCCUGGAUUCCCGCGACACCAACUACCAGGGCAUCGUCCAGUACGCCGUCUCGCUGGUGGACGCCCUGCUCUUCGUCCACUACUUGGCGGUAGUCUUGCUGGAGCUGCGCCAGCUCCAGCCCCACUUCACCCUCAAGGUGGUGCGCUCCACCGACGGGGCCAGCCGCUUCUACAACGUGGGGCACCUCAGCAUCCAGAGAGUCGCCGUGUGGAUCCUGGAGAAUUAUUACCACGAUUUCCCCGUCUAUAAUCCAGCUUUGCUCAACCUGCCCAAGUCCGUUCUGACUAAGAAAAUGUCCGGCUUCAAAGUCUACUCGCUUGGCGAAGAAAACACAACCAACAACUCCACCAGCCAAUCGCGGGCUGUUAUCGCUGCAGCUGCCCGGAGGCGGGACAACAGCCACAACGAGUACUACUACGAGGAAGCAGAACACGAGCGCCGGGUGCGAAAGAGGAGAGCCAGGUUGGUGGUGGCCGUGGAAGAGGCCUUCACACACAUCAAGCGACUCCAGGAGGAGGACCAGAAGAAUCCCCGGGAGAUCAUGGACCCCAGGGAGGCCGCCCAGGCCAUCUUCGCCUCCAUGGCCCGAGCCAUGCAGAAGUACCUGCGCACCACCAAGCAGCAGCCCUACCACACGAUGGAGAGCAUCCUCCAGCACCUGGAGUUCUGCAUCACUCACGACAUGACGCCCAAGGCCUUCCUGGAGCGCUACCUGACGGCAGGGCCCACCAUCCAGUACCACAAGGACCGCUGGCUGGCCAAGCAGUGGACUCUGGUCAGCGAGGAGCCCGUGACCAACGGGCUAAAGGACGGCGUGGUCUUCGUGCUGAAGCGCCAGGACUUCAGCCUGGUGGUCAGCACCAAGAAGAUCCCCUUCUUCAAGCUCUCCGAGGAGUUUGUGGACCCCAAGUCGCACAAGUUUGUCAUGCGGCUGCAGUCGGAGACGUCGGUGUGACCCACGGCGGAGCCGAGGGGCUUGAAUGCCAGGGAAGGUGGCUCCCCAGCAGGAGGGGGCAAUGGCCUGGCGCCAGCCUGCGUCUCUCGGGUUUGAGACGGUUCCUGGGCUUGGUGGGAGACCCUCUGGGGCGCCUGCCUCCCCUUCUCCAUGCCAGCGCUUCCCCCUCCUCCUCCUCCCCUCUCCUUUGUGGCCCCAACUGAAGGGAAGGGCAGGGGCUCUUCCUUCCUCUUUCUCUCUCUCUUUCUCUCUUUCUCUCUUUUUCUCUCUUUUCUUUCUUUCUCUUUU